CUGUAUACAUACAUUAUCAUAUAAUCACAAUAAUAAUCUUAUUAUUAUCAUUCUUAUAAACUGAUAUAUCAUAUACUUACUCCAUCUAUCUAUUUAUGGUUGCCGGCGAUGCCUACGCCACUCACCGCAGCGAGGCAAACUUUGACGGACGAGGCCGCGCGUGCGCUCGACGACGCGGUGGCAGUUGCGCGUCGCCGGUGUCACACCCAGACAACCUCACUCCACGCCAUGUCGGCCCUCCUUGCCACGCCGUCCUCCACCCUCCGCGACGCCUGCGCCCGAGCAAGCGGCGGGAACUUCUCUUCGCCGCCGCACCUCCAACUGCGUGUGCUGGAGCUUUCAGUGGGAGUCUCCCUCGACCGGAUUCCGUCGUCGAGAAGCUCGCCGGCGGUGGAUGAGCCUCCGGUGUCGAACUCCCUCAUGGCUGCCAUCAAACGCUCCCAGGGAAACCAGCGCCGGAGCCCCAAGAGCUUCCACUUCCUGAACCAGGCUCAGGGAACGCCGUCGUUUCCGAAGGUGGAGCUCAAGCACUUCGUCUUGUCGAUUCUCGAUGACCCGAUUGUGAACCGGGUCUUCACCGAAGCGGGUUUCCGGAGCUGCGACGUGAAGCUGGCGUUGCUUCAGCCCCCGGUUGCCAGAACCCGACCCGUUUUCCUCUGCAACCUCAAACCGGGUCGUGCCGGACCCGGGUUCAGCCUCGACGAGAACUCCAGUAGGAUCGUUGAGAUUCUCGCGCGGAAGAGCAAGAGGAACCCCUUGCUGGUGGGUGUUUACGCCAAGGGUGCUAUGAAGAACUUCACCGAGCUGGUUCAAAAGGGUCGAGGGGGUGAGUCGUUGUUCCCUACCGGAGUAGCUGGGUUGAGCGUAGUCUCCGUCGGGAACGAGGUUGCUGAGUUCGUGACUCGUGGCGAGAGCGAGGAGAAGAUGGGUGUGAGGUUCCAGGAGCUGAGUCGUGAGGUGGAGCAGUGUGCGGGUUCCGGCGUUGUGGUUAGCUUCGGGGAGGUCGAGGUUCUUGUCGGGGAAUCGGUGAAUGCUGGUGCUGUUGGGUUUGUUGUGGAGGAGUUGACGCGGUUGUUGGAGGUUCAUGGUGGGAAGGUUUGGUUGGUAGGGGUGGCUGAAACCUCUGGUGCAUAUUCUAAGUUCUUGGGUUUGUUCCCCAAUGUGGAAAAUGAUUUGGAUUUGCAUCUUCUGACUGUGACAUCUGCCACAUCUUCAAUGGAAGGACUCUACUCUAAGUCCAGCUUGAUGGGGUCCUUUGUUCCAUUUGGUGGAUUCUUUCCCACACCUUCUGAAAUAAAGAGUCAUGUAAGCUCUACAAAUGCAUCUUUUGCUCGUUGUGAUGAAUGCAAUGGAAAAUAUGAACUGGAAGUUGCUAAUACUCUGAAUGUAAAUCCUGCUGCUCUGACAUCUAGUUACUCUACAAGCUUGCCUUGGUUACACAAGGGUGUUCGUGUGGACACAUGUGGAAGAUUGAAUGUGGCAAAGACUAAUGAAGAAAAUACAAGUUUGAAUGAUAAGGUCUUGGGAUUUCAAAAGAAAUGGAGUGAUAUUUGUCAACGUCUUCAUCACGCAAGAUCACUACCUGAAUUUGAUAUUUCUCGAACAAUGUCCCCAACUCCAUCCCUUGAGUUUUUACGAUUUGGUUCUGGUUUUAAGGACAGCAGCAGUAGAGAUCUAACACUUGUUGAACUCCAAUGUUCUGAUACAGUCAAUGUUGAUGUUAGAACUGGUUGUGUAUCAAAAGUUUCAAAUUCGAUACAAAUUGACACGCAGACCCCUCGGGUCACCCCUUUACCUAUGACCAACAUGAGUGCACUUGCUCACAUAUCAUCUUCAUCCCUUAUUCCUGUGACCACAGAUUUAGGAUUGGGAACGUUAUAUACAUCAACUUCAUCAACUGUGCAGGAACGAGAUACCCCAAAACUACAAAAUCAAAUAAAGCAUCUUCAGCACUUGUCAGAGUCUAUUUCACCUGAAUGUGAUGCCAUCAAUGGAAAUACUUCACACCAACUUACUAGAUCUUCCUGCUCUGGUUCAAACUUGGAAGGAAUAUUUGAUAAAGUAGAUUUCAAGUCUCUUAAUCAGCUUCUCACUGAAAAGGUUGGUUGGCAGGAUCAGGCCAUACGUGCUAUCAGUCAAACUUUGUUCCUUUGUAAAUCCGGUGCAGGGAAGUGUAGAAGCUCACACGGAAGAGCAGACAUCUGGUUUUCUUUUCAUGGACCAGAUCGAAUUGGAAAAAGGAAAAUUGCUUCAGCGCUUGCGGAGGCUGUAUUUGGAAAUACCGUAAGCCUAAUCUCCGUGGAUCUGGGCUUCCAGGACAGGUUUUACCCAUUGAACUCGAUGUUCGAAAGCCAAAAAUCAUCUUGCUAUGGUGUGCUUAGGAGGAAGACAGUUGUGGACUAUAUUGCUGGGGAGUUGAGGAAAAAACCAUAUUCCGUUGUCUUUCUCGAAAAUGUAGACAAAGCUGAUUUUCUGGUGCAGACUAGUUUGUUGCAGGCAAUAAGAACUGGUAAAUUUCCAGACUCGCAUGGAAGGGUAGUUAGCAUCAACAACACAAUCUUUCUUGUAACCUCAACUAUCUGUAAAGGUAAAGGCUCUUUUGUUUCUGAGGAGUCUAAAAUGUUUUCUGAGGAUAGAAUCCUUGAAACCAAAGCAUGUCAAAUGCAAUUAUUACUAGGGGAUACGUCUGAGGAUUCCAAAGGAAGCAGCAGUACAAAUGUUAAGGUUGUACCUAGAGAAAAGAUUUCCAAACCAUCAUUUCUGAAUAAAAGAAAGCAGGUUGAUAGUAGUGACUCCAUAGUGGGAACAACAUGCAAGAUGCAGAAACAGGUCAGCGAGACGUCAAGAACCCAUCUGGAUCUAAACAUGCCCCUAGAGGAGGGUGAAGAGGGUAUCAAUGACAGUGUCAGUGACUAUGAAAAUGAAUCUAGAGCAGAAAAUGCAGACGCCGCGUGGUUAAGUGAUUUCUGUAAUCAAGUUGAUGAAAAAGUGGAUUUUAAGCCAUUCAAUUUUGAUGUGCUUGCUGAACAAAUGUUGAAAAGCAUUAGCAUACAAUUUCAAAGGACAUUUGGUUCUGAGUUUCAGCUGGAAAUUGAUUAUGAGGUAAUGGCACAGAUACUCGCAGCUGCUUGGUUAGCAGAGAAGAAAAAUGCUGCGGAGGAUUGGGUUGAAUAUGUUCUUGGCAAAUGCUUUGUUGAAGCUAAGCAGAAAACCCACCCUGCAGCUCAAUCUGUCUUCAAACUGGUUAGUUGUGAAUCCAUUUUUGUGGAAGAGCAAGCUCCUGGAGUAUGCCUUACAGCUAGAGUUAACCUGAACUAAAUUUUUGCUUACUUUGUAUUCUUGUAAUUACUUAGGAUAUAGCAUAUGGUAGUUGUAGCAGUGUACAGCUGUUAAUCUGCUUUGUAAUUUCUGACGUAAAAAAAUGUUAUUAUCUUAAUGUUACGCAGGAUAUAUAUAUUCUGUUUUAA